AUUUUUUCGGCUGCAUCGAAGCUGGAGGAGAUCCAGUUGUUGCCCCACAUCCUGAACUUUUUGGUGGAGCUUGACCCCCUCCUUCGGAAUCAACAAAAUCCGGUCCGAGAAUUUUCGAUUUCACCGUAGGGUUGCUCAGCCCUAGGUUUUUUGGCGGGCGGGAUCGAGCAAGCGGGUCCGCCUCCCAAUCGUGCGAAAAGUCAACUGCCCUCCCAAAGAACGACAACAUCGCGAACCCAUCUACAUUUGCAUGCCCAUUCGAAAGCCGUCAAUCAGUCACUAACCCAAACAGCAAAGAUGGUCCGAUACGGAGCUACCGAGAUUGAGACGGCCAAGUCGGCCCGCGCCCGCGGCUCGUACCUGCGUGUUUCUUUCAAGAACACCCGCGAGACCGCUCAGGCCAUCAACGGCUGGAAGCUGCACCGCGCCGUCAAGUUCCUUGAGAACGUCCAGGAGAAGAAGGAGGCUGUCCCCAUGCGCCGGUACGCCGGCAGCACCGGUCGCUGCGCCCAAGGCAAGCAGUUCGGUGUCUCCAAGGCCCGCUGGCCCACCAAGUCGGCCGAGUUUCUCCUCGGUCUCCUGAAGAACGCUGAGGCCAACGCCGACGCCAAGGGCCUCGACACUGGCAACCUCGUUGUCAAGCACAUCCAGGUCAACCAGGCCCCCAAGCAGCGCCGCCGGACGUACCGUGCCCACGGUCGUAUCAACCCUUACAUGUCUUGCCCCUGCCACAUCGAGCUCAUCCUGACGGAGCAGGAGGAGGCUGUUGAGAAGUCUGACGCUGUUACCGACCGCAACGAGCACCUUACAUCAAGGCAGCGUGGCGCUCGCGUCCGCAAGGCCCUCACCGCCGCAUAAGCGGAUCAUCUUUUUUGACGAAAGGGACUGAUGGAUACGGACGGGACAGGGCUGUUUCGGCACAUUGCAUUGUUUCUUGUUGGGUUUUGACGGUCGGUAGCAAAAGAAGAACUACUCGGCCAUCACAGACGAACAAUGCAUUUUCUCUCUUGGGGCGACGGUUAUGGAAAUGCGGCGUGGCGCGGUUGCACAACUGGGAAAGGAUUUUUAAUUCCCAUCUUUUCGCGCUUUUUUCCCUCCCACUUGUUUUUAGGGUCAACCGGUGUUGUAUCUGAGCAUGGCAUUCGGGGAAUCAAAAUUCAAAGCUUUCUGGUAAAAAUGAGGAGACUUCACGAUGCUGAAGCUACGAGAGGGAUACCGAGACCUCAGGCACAUACCCACGAGGAAUAGACUUAUGAUGAACAGCCCUUCCCGUCCG